AUGGUACCCAUCUCCAUUGUUAUACUCUGCAGUAUCUUCAUUUUCAUAAUCUAUAUCUACUUCAGUAUCCGCUGGUACCUUUACAACAUCCGCCAUUGCCACCCCUUUUUCCACACUAACAAUAUCAUCUUCCCCCAAGAUACAGAAAACCCAUCUUCUUCUUCUGUACUCCUCUCCUCCUUAAUUCCUGAAUUUAUCUAUCCAUCGACAUCUAAACAAGAAGACCACCCAGAAUGCUCCGUUUGCUUAUCAGUCUUUGUAGAAGGAGAUAAGUGUAAGAAACUGCCUGCAUGUCAACAUACCUUUCAUAUAAACUGUAUCGACAUGUGGUUUUAUUCUCAUUCUACUUGUCCUGUAUGUCGAACGCCGGUUAAACCGAAUGAAGAUCUAACUCCUACAUUAUCUUCGUUGAGUGAUUGGAGAAAGGAAAUUGAAUUGGUAAUUGCUGCUGGAUCGAGGAAGAGGAACGAGUCGGUGGUGGAUGGUGGGACGAGUUCGGUGCCGAGUCAGGUGUUGUUUAAAUCGCGCGGAAAUGGGAUGUUUGCUUUUGGGAGAAAUUUUAGUAUGAAUCGAAACGACAACGUUGUUAUGGCACCUUCUUCUUCGGGAGCUGUUACGAUGUCAACUGAGUCAGAUGUUGAGCGAGGAGGAGGAUCGGACGAAUCGAUUCAUCAGCCAACUUAUAAGUAG